CCAAGCCACAGGACACCAGAAACCCCAUGAUCCAUCCGAAAACAUGAGGCAAAUGCUGAAGGAAAUGCAGCAGGCAGGAGAAGAAGUGGAUGCAGAGGCUGGGCAUAAGGCGGCAUUUCCCAGAGGAAGCAGUGGUUCCAUGCCAGCCUCUGCUGCAGGAAGAGAGGCGAUGCCAGGCACAGGCACAGGAGAUGAGGUGUCUGGGAAGGCUUCUCCAUCAGCUUGGAUGAAUAAAGUUUUGAAGCCCUUGGAGCCUCCUGCAGAUGUGUCUACAGGGAAGACUUCUCCAGCUCGUACCGGGGCUGUUACACUCAAGCCCAGCUCCCGUCACUGUGGUACUCCAACAGGGAAAAUCCAAGAUACAACAGAUAAGAUAUCUCUGGAACCAUCCAAACAGAUGAGGCAAGAGCUGAAGGAACCCCUGCAGACAAGAGAAGAGAUGGACAUAGUGCUUCAGUGGAAGGUGGUAUUUCUUGAAGGAAGCACUCCAUCUUCGGUGCGAGCCCCUGCUGCAGGAAGGAAGGCAAAGCCAGACACGGGCACAGGCACAGCAGACUGGGAUGCUGGGAAGGAUUCUCCAUUAGCCUGGCGCUCUGAAGUUGUGAAGCCCUCUGAGCAUUCUGCAGCCGUGUCUGCAGGGACGACCUCACCAACUCCUACAUUGGAUGCUGCAAAUAAGGCCCAGCUCCCAUGA